AUGGCCCCUCUGGCGUUCAGAUUUCCACGUAGAAAACACACGUUAUCUCCAUGGAGAUAUAAUGACAAAUCAAUUACGGACGGUACCAGUAUGCAAUCGGCACUUUCGACGCCAGCUUUAUUCCUACACGAAUCUAUGCAUAUGGUAAACAGGGCGAAGGAUAUCAAGUUCACCAAUCCCUCUAAUGAAAAAUUGGAGGCCGCAUAUGGUGCCGUCUUAACAGGAAGCCUGGCGUUAGCCGCUCCUGAUGAUUCGGCCAAUAAUGAAUGCAAGCAAUCAUACGUGGUGUGGAACUGCUAUGCAAAUGAACGGCCAAUGGUGCUGCUCCUCGUUCCAUCUCGACCGAAGCCCAUGGACGCAGCAUCAAUCAUAUUAAAUAUGGAACUGACCUCGAGAUGA